GCGGGGAGGAAUGCGCUUCCGGAGGCGCACAAGGAGCGGCGGCGGCGGCGGUUGCAAGGCCUGGCCGUCCCUUUCUCCCGGCCCUGCCGUAUGGUUGGAAGGAAGGAAGGAAGGGAAGAAGGCGCGGCUCUGGUAGGCGAGAGGGGAUAGCAGUCGCCGCCGCCACCCUCAGCACCACCGAGGCGUCGCCCUGAGGAGGCCGAGCCGGGCCAGGCCCCGGAGCAGAGGAGACGAGGGAGAAGAGCGGCGAGGCGGAGGAAGCAGGCUCAGCCCCGCCACCAACUUCUCGAAGCCCCCGGACAAGGGUCGGGGAGGCGCCCGAGCUGAGCCGCGGCCAUGGCACAGGCUAAUUUCAAGUUUCUCAUCUGGAUUGGAUUAUUAAGCUGCUUUGUGGUCUGCGGAUUUGCCCAACAAGGUGGGAGCAAUUGUAUAAAAGCCAAUGCUAAAUCGUGUGCUGAUUGUAUACAAGCUGGACCAAAUUGUGGAUGGUGCAAAAAUGCAACCUUCUUACAAGAAGGAGAAUCUACUUCAGCACAAUGUGAUGAUUUGGAAGUUUUAAAAACUAAGGGCUGCCCUCCAGAUGAAAUAGAAAAUCCCAGAGGCUCACAAGAUAUGCUGAAAAACAAGGAAGUAACCAAUCGUGUCAAAGGGACUGCUGAGAAUCUUAAACCGGAAGAUAUUACUCAGAUUCAACCACAGCAAGUACACUUAAAGCUGCGAAUAGGGGAACCACAGACAUUUUCAUUAAAAUUUAAGAGAGCUGAAGAUUAUCCCAUUGAUCUUUAUUACCUUAUGGAUCUCUCCUACUCUAUGAAAGAUGACUUGGAGAAUGUGAAAAGCCUUGGAACUUCUCUCAUGAGUAAAAUGAAGAAUAUAACUUCAGAUUUUCGAAUUGGUUUUGGCUCUUUUGUUGAAAAAACUGUAAUGCCUUAUAUUAGUACUACACCAGCCAAACUCAAGAACCCAUGCACCGUUGACCUUAACUGUACAAGCCCUUUUAGCUACAGGAAUGUACUCAACUUUACCAGCGAUGGAAAACUGUUCAACCAGCUUGUAGGUGAUCAACAGAUUUCUGGCAAUCUGGAUUCUCCUGAAGGUGGAUUUGAUGCAAUAAUGCAGGUUGCUGUUUGUGGUUCAAAACUUGGAUGGAGAAAUGUCACUCGGUUAUUGGUAUUUUCUACGGAUGCUGGAUUUCAUUUUGCUGGAGAUGGGAAACUUGGAGGAAUUGUCUUGCCGAAUGACGGACGAUGCCAUUUAGAUGACAAUAUGUACACAAUGAGCCAUUAUUAUGAUUAUCCAUCCAUUGCACACCUUGUUCAGAAGCUAAGUGACAAUAAUAUUCAGAUAAUAUUCGCUGUUACACAAGAAUUUCAACCAGUUUACAAGGAGCUCAAGAAUUUGAUUCCAAAAUCUGCAGUGGGAACACUCUCCUCAAACUCCAGCAACGUGAUUCAACUGAUAAUUGAUGCCUACAAUUCAUUGUCUUCAGAAGUCAUUCUGGAAAACAACAAACUACCAAAAGAAGUCACAAUUGAAUAUAAAUCUUUCUGCAAGAAUGGAGUGAAUGGUACAGGAGAUGAAGGAAGAAAAUGCUCCAACAUUUCAAUUGGAGAUGAGGUUAGCUUUGAGAUUAAAGUAACAGCCAACCAGUGUCCAGAAAAAGGGCAGGGUGAAACCAUUAAAAUCAAGCCACUAGGUUUCACUGAAGAGGUAGAAAUUAAUCUGGAGUUCAUCUGUGAAUGUGAAUGUCAUAAGGACGGAAUUCCAGACAGCCCUGCGUGCUUCUAUGGAAAUGGAACAUUUGAGUGUGGUGCCUGCAGGUGUAAACCAGGACGUAUUGGAAAGCUCUGUGAAUGCAGCAUGGAUGAAGUAAACAGUGAAGAUAUGUCAGGCACCUGUAGACCGGCAAACAGUUCAGAAAUAUGUAGCAACAAUGGAGAAUGUAUUUGUGGACAGUGUGUGUGCAGGAAGAGAGAGAAUGCAAAUGAGAUCUACUCUGGGCGGUUUUGCGAAUGUGAUAACUUCAACUGUGAUCGAUCUGAUGGCUUGAUUUGUGGAGGACAUGGUGAAUGUAAAUGUCGUGAGUGUGAAUGCGCAGAAAAUUAUACAGGCUCUGCUUGUGAUUGUCACAUGGAUAGCACCCCAUGUGUAGCUGGAAAUGGGCAAAUCUGUAAUGGCAGAGGAAUCUGCAAGUGUGGAGUCUGUAACUGCACAGAUCCCAAAUUUACAGGACCAACAUGUGAAUUGUGCCCGACCUGCCCUGGAGUUUGUGCAGAGCACAAGGACUGUGUGCAGUGCAAAGCUUUUAACAGAGGAGGAAAGAAGGACACCUGUGAAGAAGAGUGUUCACAUUUUACUUUGGUACCAGUAGACCAUAGAGAGAAGUUGCCACAGCCUGGACAAUAUAAAGCACAGUCUCAUUGCAAAGAGAAGGAUAUUGAUGACUGCUGGUUCUAUUUCACCUACUCAGUUGAUUCAAACAACAAUGCCAUUGUCCACGUGGUUAAGACUCCAGAAUGCCCGACAGGUCCCGAUAUCAUUCCCAUCGUUGCUGGUGUGGUUGCUGGAAUUGUUCUUAUUGGUCUUGCUUUAUUGCUGAUUUGGAAGCUACUUAUGAUCAUUCAUGACAGGAGAGAAUUUGCAAAAUUUGAGAAGGAAAAGAUGAAUGCAAAGUGGGAUACGCAAGAAAAUCCUAUAUACAAGAGUCCUAUUAAUAAUUUCAAGAAUCCAAACUAUGGACGUAAAGCUGGUCUCUAAGUUUCCGUUCGUAUUUUCCUUUCUAUUUCUUUCUCUGUGCAUGUCACUUUCUUCAAAGUCCGCUGUAUGUGCCAUUAACUAAUCAUUCUUACCAAUCUUGCCAGCUGCUUUUUUAUGAAUUAUGCAGUGGAGCUUAAAUGAGGGGAAAUAAUGACCAAACUAUAGUUAGGGUUGCGCUUUAGGGCCCUGUCCCCUUCUUAGUAAGAUCUGAACAACUUGAUUCAGCACAUGUGCACUUCCAGCUCCAGGAUGUUGGUGGCUCUUGGGCAAGGUACACUUAAAGGGGCCGCACUGAAAAAAGUGGGGCAGGUAAAUAGAAUUCUCUUGCACUGCCUGCAGGCCUCUGUUCCCCCUGAAAACUGAGAAUAGUAAUACUAUUGGGGGCUUGGGAUAGGCCAAAUGACCAAGAUUAGUGUCUUCUGGAGCUGGCCAAAUUGACAUAUUUGCAUAUUAUAGUCAAAUACAGGAAGUAUUAGGACUUAAUUAACAUCAACAGAAGUGUUAAGCACCCUGCUUAAUGCAUUUUCAUUAAAAUCCAUGGAUUGUACUCAGCUAAAUUCUACUCAAGAGUAUACCCAUUGAAAUUAAUGGCCCCGACUAACUUGGGCCCACUCUGAGUAAAAGUUCAUUGAAUGCAACUCCUUAAGACUAAAUUUGCCUAGUGUUUGCUGGAUUUUUAAGUUAAAUAUCACAGGUAACUGGUGUUGAGUGAUCCUGCUGUUGGCUUUGACUUAUGCAAUAUCUUCCUUUUCCUUUCCCCCUACUUUUUCUAUUGCUAAUCUUUCAGCCAUCCUUCAGCUUAGUGAAGGAAGGCCAAUUUUUACAUAAAGUGAAUUUUGCCUAAAAAGCCAUGAAAGAGAAGUUAGCGGCUUCCAAGUAUAUGCAAAGGGGAACCCAUACUGUAG